CUGCGGUCGCAGCUAACGGAUAAGUUACCGUAUAAGAUUUUUACGCGAUUUUCACUAGUUAAACGAAGGAUAGCGUAAUAAUAACUUGAACAAUACGUUAUUAACUAAGAAAAAAUAUGGCGCUCGAGAAUUCUACUGUUGAUGCCGUUUGUACGAAAGUAUACACGCGGGAAGAAGUUGCUAAGCAUACUGAUAGAGACGAUUUGUGGCUUAUUAUUAACCGUAAAAUUUACGAUGUGUCUAAAUUUAUCAGUCAUCCGGGUGGAGACGAAGUUCUUAUGGAACAAGGUGGUCGAGAUUGUACAGAAGCCUUCGAAGAUAUCGGUCACUCAAGUGAUGCAAGAAAAUUGAUGGAAAUCUUUAAGAUUGGAGAAUUAGCAAAAGAGGAAGGAGAAGAGGAACAAAUGUGUGAAUUAAAUCAUCUGCCUGAUGGAGAUAGUUCUAGUGGUUCUUGGAGAUCGUGGCUGAUUCCUAUUGUACUUGGGGUGCUGGCAACUCUUGUCUACCGUUAUUUUAUUAAAGCACAUUGAAGCAUUCCCAAUAUUUAUUUUUUUGUAAUUUGUACUAUACAUAAAUGAUCAUUAUAAAUAAUUAAUGAAAGAAUAUUAUGUACAUUGCACAUAAUUACAGUCUUGUUUUAUAACAUGAAACUGCACGCAAAAGCUGG